AUGGCAGCACCUUACAUAGAACAUAUCGUCUCCCGCAUCAAAGCCGACUUAGACUUCCUCGAAUCCCAGUCGCUCAUCACCAGGGCUGACAAGGACGCCGCUCUUGCCCGCCUUCCCACCGCUGACGUCCGGUCUGUCGAUAGUAAGCUGAGCAACCUCACCCUCUCCUCCGCUACCAACAACAACCCAGGGCAGCGUACCAUGCCCGCCCGGCCGGGGUCAGUGAUGCCCCCUCCCCCUCCUCCUAGAGCGCAAGCGAAGGCCAACUGGGCGUACAACUCUGGUGAUCCCCAGGACCUCGUCUUCCAGGAAGGAGACGUGAUCGAUAUUGUAGAAGAGACGAAUGGGGACUGGUGGAAAGGCCGGUUGAACGGGCGUGAAGGCCUGCUCCCAGCGAAUUAUAUGACCAAGCUACCACCCGCACCGGUGCGCUCGCCCAACCCACCUGCGUACACUCCCGACCGGACGGUAUACGCCCCUCCCCCCUCAGAGCCAAAGCAGUACUACCCACCCACGGGCAACCCUCCCUGGGCCCAACAGCCGCCCCAACCCAGCUGGCAACAGCCCCCUCAGCCUACAUGGCAGCAGCCCCCGCCCCAACCCAGCUGGCAGCAACAGCCUCCCCCUCCCCAGCCGCAGCCUGUUCAGCAGGACCCGCCCAAACAGAGCAGGUUUGGCGGGUUGGGACAGGUGAUGGCUACUAGUGCUGCUGGAGGUCUUGGGUUCGGAGCUGGGGCGGCUAUUGGAGGGGAUUUGGUUAAUGCUAUCUUUUAG